AUGGACUUUAUCUUCCAAGACUUCAGCACGGCAACGGCUGAGGGCAACGGCUACCAGCUGGCCCAGACCCUGUCGCCAGAGUUGCCUGCGGAAACCCUCAAGAUCAUAUGGAAGAGCACCAACCACCACGAUGCACGGGGCUACAUACGGCGAAAUCUCAAGAAUGGACCAUCGCCAGUCAAGGUCUCGAAUCAGGAGAUUGACGCCUGGACUGACGUCUACUUGUCCUACUGGACUGCCGUCGGCGCCAUCCUGGCCGUCCAGGGCAACAUCGUUGUCCCCGGCAAGCCGUCCUGGACCACUGUCUACCAGGCCUGGAAGGACAUGACCCUGUUCCUCAAACGUGGCUAUCAAGAAUUUGGCUUUGAGGCCUGGACUAUACCGUGUCUCUACACCGCUGGGAAGUACUUGAGAGUGUUCGCCAUCAAGGCGGACGACGAGCGAGGCUCGAAUGCAGCCGACACCGGGGCUGCCGUCUUGGGGGACGACUUUGACCCUGAAAUGGAAGCCCAUCAGACCUUGGAGGAGUGCGCGCGCCACCUAAAUGGGCUGUUUUCCCUUUGCCUUACCGACCGGGCACCCAUCCAAGAGUCCAGGAAGUGGGCAAUCUACUACAUCAUCAACCUUCUCUUCAAGACGUACUUCAAGCUCAACAAGGCCAGGCUCUCCAGGACGAUCCUGAAGAACCUCCACGCCUACCAGGGAAACAUGCCACAGCUUGAUCAGUUCCCAAAGUCUCAGCAAGUAACGUUCAAGUACUACGAGGGCGUCCUCUUCUUCCUCGAGGAGAACUAUUUGGAGGCUGAGAAGCGUCUAGCAGAGGCAUUGGCUCUCUGCCACAAAGAUGCACAAAGGAACAAGGAGCUCAUCCUAACAUAUCUCGUUCCCUGCCACCUGCUCACUACCCAAACUCUUCCCACCCAUGCCCUCUUGGACCCUUACCCCCGGCUGCAGAGACUGUUCUUGCCCCUGGCACAGUGUAUAAAGAAGGGCGACCUGUGCGCUUUUGACCAAGCACUGAAGGAAGGUGAGGAUGAAUUCGUCAAGCGCCGGAUCUAUCUUCCUCUUGAGCGAUCUCAUGACACCUGCCUCCGGAAUCUGCUGCGGAAGGUUUUCAUUGCAGGCGGGAUGGUCCCAGAUGCGGAUCCGCCCACCCGGCGCACGCGCAUCCCUAUCGACGAGUUUGCGGCAGCCAUCAGCCUGAGCAGCAAGCAACAAAUCGACUCGGAUGAAGUCGAGUGCCUUCUUGCUAACAUGAUAUAUAAAGGCUUCAUGAAGGGAUAUAUAGCCCGCUCAGCCCGGUUUGUCGUGCUUAGCAAAAAGAACGACGCGUUUCCGAGUACAGGCGUCUGA